AUGGACGCCGCCCUCGAUUCCGUGCGCACCGCGCUCCAGCCCAUCACGCACAACCUCCCCGAGCCCAUCCACGACGCCGGCCUCUCGCUGCUGGGGCCGAAAUGCUACCAGAAGCUGAUCAAGGAUAUCGACCCGGUCAACUACCCGGAGUGUGUCAAGCUGGCCAUCAGCAAGGGGCUGGGCAUCGGCAUCAUCGGGGCGUCGUCGAUCGUCAAGGUGCCGCAGCUAAUCAAGCUGCUGCGGUCGCAGAGCGCCGAGGGCCUGUCGUUCCUGGCCUACCUGCUCGAGACGUCGUCGUACCUGAUCGGCCUGGCCUACAACGCGCGCAUGGGCUUCCCCUUCAGCACCUACGGCGAGACGGCCCUGAUCGCCGUCCAGAACGUCGCCAUCGCCGCCCUCGUGCUGCACUUCAAGGGCAAGGAUGCGGGUGCGGCGGCGUGGGUCGCCGGCCUCGCUGCGGCGGGUUAUGCGCUGUUUGAUAAGGGUAUUGUGGAUGAGAAGACGCUGGCUGCGCUGCAGGCCGCCGGAGGCAUGCUCAGCAUUGCGAGCAAGGCGCCGCAGAUUGUCGAGGUCUACAGGCAGGGUGGAACGGGCCAGCUGAGCGCUUUCGCGGUCUUCAACUACCUCCUCGGCUCCCUCUCGCGCAUCUUCACCACCAUUCAGGAGGUUGGCGACCAGCUCGUCCUGUUCGGCUUCGUUGCGGGCUUCCUGCUCAACGCCGUCCUGGCCAUCCAGAUGAUCUAUUACUGGAACGCUCCGGCCAGCCGCGGCGCCAAGGCCGGCAGCAAGAGCAAGAACAAGAACAAGAAGAAGGCGGAAAAGCCCGUCCAGGCCAAGGAGAAGGACAGCGGAAAGCCGCUGGCGACGUCGACCGCGUCGAGCAAGGGAAAGAGCCCGAGUACUCGUCGUAGGGGUUAG